AUGGAGCCCGGUUCGUAUUCUAUCCAGCCACUCGAAAAAGCAGCACCUGUCGCAACGUCUACACAUAACGGCCAGCUGCAUCGUAUUCUUCGUCUGGACGUUCAUAUUCGUCCUGGUGGCCAGUUGUCCUGCUCUCCUGCCCGAUUGGCGCUUCCA